AUUUUGACAGAGUUACUUACCUUGCAAUUAGAAAAUUUAGUGAAAGGGAAAUUACUGCGUCAUUAGAAAAUUUGUUCGCAAAUAAUUGAGGUUUUUUCUGUUUAAAACAGCUUUAUUAAAGCAUAGUAAAGCAAGUUGUGAAGAAUGGGGAAGAAGAAAAAACUGAAACAAUCUGGUGUGAAGAGAGAUGAGAUUGAAGCAGGUAAUACUGAGACAGGUCAAACAGCAAUAAUGCCAGCUGUACCUCAGACAGAAAUACAGGCAAAUGAUGUAUCAGGUUUGAAUACAAAUCCGACUGCUGUCAGUGAAAUGGCAAUAAUACAGCAGAAUGGAUCUUCACUCAACACCAAUAUUGAGGCACUAGAUAAUGAAGGUGGUGCUCCAAAGCAACCAUUUGAGAAACCAUCUGGAUCAAAUUCAAUACCAGGUGGAGAUAUAAGAAAAGAGAAAAGUAUGAAAGAGCCUGCAGGUAAAUAUCCUACAGGAGGAGAAAUACUAGCAGGUCAGUGUGAUGGAGACAGAUUAAGUCCAUCAAAGAAGCCCAGUAUUGGUGGAGGAAAACCACAGAUUGUAAAGAAUUUAAAUGAAAACAAUCGGAGAAAAGGAGCAACUGGUAAAGUUAAAAGAGGAUUUGUGAAAGAUGUGUCUGCAUCAAGACUAGAGAGGAAAAAAGGAGGUAAAAAGUUGGAAGAAAAAAUGGAGCAUAGAAUGAGUUUGAAAAUGAAGAAAAUAAAAGACCCAAGGUUGAUACCUAGAAUGAGAGAGUACCUUGAAUCAAGAGCCAACAAAAACUUUGUAAGCAUACCUUUAAUGGCAGAAUAUUUACAGGAUAAAUACCCAGAAUAUGGAAGAAAGAAAAAGCGUAUGUUUAUACAAUAUGUAGAUAAAGCAUAUUCCUACAUGGAAAAACCAUCAUUUAAUGAUCCACCACCACCUCUCUCUGACACUGAUGAAAACAGCAACACUGAGAAGGAACUUGUUGAACAAAACGGUCAUUAUGUUUGGAAGAAUGUGUCGGAACAUUCACGAGAACCAGAUAUAGAAGGGGUUGGCGAUAAAGUAACGGUCAACAAUGAUUCUUUUUCAUCAUCGGAUGAGGAGGAUAUAAUAUCAGCUGUUGAAAGUGGACAAUUGGUAGAAUAUAAGGAUACCAAUGUCAUCAACAAUAGAUUGAUGAACUUGUACAGAAAUAGCCCCACCCAUGUGUCUAACUCGGUAGCAGACGACAAAAAAAGGAAAGCCCCAGAAUCAUCUCAUAAUACCAAUGUUAAGAAAUCAAAGUCAGAAUCGAAGGUAUUGUAUCCCAGUCCAAAUGUAAUGGAAAGAAAUAUUUCUUCAACAGGCCUUGUUGGUCCUAGGCGGUCUGCUAAUGAUAAAUAUUUCAUAGACAGAAAGGGGGAUAAUGCAACAAGAGAUAAAUCAGAUAGUAAAGAAUCAAGGGAGGUAACUAUACAGAAAUUUCUCGGUGAUUUGCCAUCAAGAACAUCAUUCAGUGCAUAUGUGUCAGGUAAAGCUGACCCACGAAUGAAGGGAGGUACUCUGUAUAGAGUAUUUUCUAGCAGGAAAGAGUCUGAGCAUCAGGCUAGCCUAUCUCACAGUGGAAUAACCUCGGACAAUGUGGGUGUUACCAACUCGGCACCAAAGUCACCCACAGCUAGUGAUUUAGAGAAAGAAUCUUAUAUUAUAAAAGAUCCAAGGAUAAAUAGAGAUACUGAUACUGCAGGUAAUUCAGAAAUGAGUGGGACAGAAACUCCUAUUGUGUCACGAGGGUCUGGUAAAGAAAAGAUCAGCAAAUCACAGAAGACAAAGAAGGGAAAGAAGAGUGGUACGAAGGUAAAGAGACAAGAUGACAGUGACUCUGAAUCCACUGGCAAAGAUAAAGGACUAUCAGUUCAGAAGUCGAGUGUGACAUUUGCUGAUGUUGGUGGUAAUGAGAAGAAUUUAAUUGAUAUUUGUAAAUUGUUAGUACACAUGCGGCAUCCAGAGGUCUACCAGCAACUUGGGGUGACCCCACCUAGAGGGUUUCUGCUUCAUGGACCACCAGGGUGUGGUAAAACUCUUCUUGCAAAUGCCAUUGCUGGGGAACUGGAUUUGGCAUUAAUCAAGCUGGCAGCUACAGAGAUUGUGUCUGGGGUGUCUGGAAAUUCUGAAGAGAAAAUUAGAGAUCUGUUUGAUAAAGCUGCAGAGAGUGCUCCAUGUGUGGUAUUUAUAGAUGAGAUUGAUGCCAUUACACCAAAGAGAGAGACCGCCUCCAAAGAUAUGGAGCGGAGAAUUGUAGCUCAGUUACUAGCCUGUAUGGAUGAGUUAAAUGACAAUCCUUUGUGCCAUGUAUUAGUGAUAGGAGCUACAAACAGACCUGACUCUAUAGAUCCUGCAUUACGUAGGGCUGGCAGGUUUGAUCGGGAAAUAUGUUUAGGUAUACCGGAUGAGCAGUCAAGACUAAGGAUUCUGGAAGUACUUUGCAGAAACCUGCGACUGUCAGCAGAGUUUGAUUUUAAUUUCAUGGCACAUAAUACACCGGGAUAUGUUGGUGCUGAUUUGAUGGCCCUUACCAGAGAGGCUGCCAUGACCGCUGUUAACCGGGUAUUCCAAGACUUACAGUGUGAUGUGGAUAACAGAAAUAAUGAUAACACAGUCAUUCCUCAAGAUUCUGAUUCGUCCACCUAUGUCAAGCAGGACACUUAUACUGUUGUAACUGAACCUGGUACCAGCACUGAUCUGACUCCAAGCUCUUAUUCUUCACAGCCUGGAACCAGUUUAGAUAAUAAUGUCUCAAUUUCUAGCUCAGUUAUUGAACAAACUGUUGCUAAUGUUCAUUUGACCUUACCUAAUGUGAUUUUAGAGCAGACUGGUUCUAGUGGAGAAAAGCCAGGCUCAGCUAACUCUGAAAGUGAAAAUGUUACACAAAUGGCAUCUAUACCAGAUAUAAACAUUAGUGGAGGAAAUUGUAAUGGAAUUACUGAGGAAAAUGGCGAUGAUGAAAGUGUGAAUGAAGAGACUAGGGACUUGAAUAGGUUAAAAGAUGAUUCAAGAACUAUAGGUGAUAAUGCUGGUGUUGAUAGUGAAAUUAUUAUAGUGUCUAAUAGCUUAAACAAUAAUAAAGCAGAUAAGGCUCUGUUAAGUGAUAUUAAUGUUACCAUGGCAACUAGUGAAAGUAAAAUGGAAGUAGAUAAUGAACAAGCAGAAGAUGUGGGAAAAAUUGGUGAAACCAAAAUGGAAAGUGCUAGAAAUAAAGCUGUUGUAAAAUCAACUGUUAGUAAUGAGUAUACAUUGGUUCUGUCAUGGUUGAAGGAACACCCUCCUUUAACAGAAGAACAGCUCACUGGGUUAUUUAUUACUAUGGAUGACUUUAAGGAAGCUUUGAGAUAUGUUCAGCCAUCAGCAAAGCGUGAAGGUUUUGCAACAAUACCAGAUGUUACAUGGGAUGAUAUAGGGGCACUGCAUGAAGUCAGGGAGGAACUUACACUGGCUAUAUUGGCUCCUGUACGUCACCCAGAACAUUUCAAGAGUUUAGGAUUGACUAGAGCACAGGGUAUAUUGCUAGCUGGACCACCAGGUUGUGGUAAAACACUUCUUGCUAAGGCUGUAGCUAAUGAAUCUGGAAUCAACUUUAUAUCUGUGAAGGGACCAGAACUUCUAAACAUGUAUGUAGGUGAGAGUGAGAGAGCAGUGCGUACAGUAUUUCAAAGAGCACGUAAUUCCUCGCCAUGUGUCAUUUUCUUUGAUGAACUGGAUGCUUUGUGCCCAAGAAGAUCCGGCCAUUCUGAAGGUAACUCAAGUGCUAGAGUUGUAAAUCAGUUACUGACAGAGAUGGAUGGUCUAGAGGAAAGGAAACAAGUAUUUAUAAUGGCUGCCACUAACAGACCAGAUAUAAUUGACCCAGCUGUUUUGAGACCAGGAAGGCUCGACAAGACCCUGUAUGUUGGACUUCCUACAGCUUCAGAUAGGCUAGAUAUACUGAAGUGUAUCACAAAGAAUAGCACAAAACCAUGUUUAUCAGAUGAUGUAAAUUUAACCAGUAUUGCCGAGGAUAUAAGAUGUGAUUGUUACACUGGAGCAGAUUUAGCAGCUCUUGUAAGGGAGGCUUCAAUUUCAGCACUAAAAGAAGCCAUUUUAGACAAGGAGAGACAACCUAAUGAUGUUAUUGUAGUUAAUAGAGGGCACUUUGAUUGUGCUUUCAUGAAAGUCAAACCAUCAGUUACAUUAAAGGAUCAAGAGAAGUAUGACUCUAUGAGGAAUAAACUUGCUAUAGGAAGUUGAAGGCAUCAAGCUUGCAAACAUAAUGAAUUUGGCUUGAAAUAUAAACUCUAACAAGUUUAGUGUGACAGAAUACCAACUGUGAUAAUUGUGAUAACCACCAACAACUGUAAAUGUGCAUUAAUGAUCAUUAUGUAGUUUGUUUCAAACCAAGAGAGAGGCAAACAAAGACUUUCGUUGACAAGAGACUGUAUCAUUUACUAUAUUGUGUAUACAAAAGUGAAGUUCUUUAUACCAUCCCACAUUGUCACUGGUCACUUACAGAUACUGCUUUUAAAGGGGAUUGAUCUACAAUAGGAACUUUUUCCAUAAGUAUUUCAAAUAUUGAUAGAAAUAUAUCAUUGGAUCUUCUUAUAAAAUAAUUCUCUAAAAUAUACAUGUUGAUAAAGUUCUGAGUGAUUAAGUAUGAACAUUUUUUCAUGUUUGGUUCUAAAUACUAUCAAUAUAAUUAUUUAUGAUAUUACACAUCUUAGUUAAUGGAUAAUUUACUUAAAACAUGGAAUAUUCUUACACAGUUUCUAGGCAAGAGUAUAUAACUCAUAUUUUUGUUAUAGUUAUGCCCCUAUUUUGACUGACAACUAUUCAGAAAUAUUAUAUUAUACUGCUAUAAUGUACAGAGAAUAGUCAAAUAGAUCAAUAAAUUGACUUUAAAAUACUUUAGAUAGAUAGCAACUAUACAGCUCAAGAUCUGUAACUGUAGCGGGACCUUUUUUUUUAAAACUAUCUCUUCAUUUUUUUGUAGAGUAUAGGUCAGUUAAAAUAUGAGAGAUUAACUUGUUAAUAGGAAGUAAAUAGGAGAAGUGCAGUGUCAAAGAAUUUUAACUGUACUUCUAAAAAAAAAUGUCCAAGGCAUUGACUUGAAACUAAAUGUAUGUAAAUAUAUAGUUAAGAGGGAAGGUACAUUGUCUAAUAAUAGUCUACAAGGGAAUUACUUGAAACUCAUAAUAAAGACAUCUUGAUUAUUUUUUAGAAACCACAUCAUGUUUUUUGUAAAAUGCCAACUUAGAUACUCUAAUUCAAGACUUGAAAGAUUUUAAAACAAAAACAAACUUUCAGCAAACUAGCUUGUACAAUUAUUGACCAAUCAUUGUUUAAUUUAUUAUUUUAUGAAACAAUAUAAGAUAU